AUGAAAUUCACAAACAUCGUCACUGCUUCAUUAAUUUCUGCUUCAGUCACUCAAGCUGCUGUUAUUCCACAAAGUAAUGAAGACCUUGCUGUUAGAGCAGAUUCUAGUGAUCCUAUUUCUGGACUCCUUGGUGGACUUCUUGGAGGUGGUAGUGGUGCUCCAGCUCCAGCUCCAGCUCCAGCUCCAGCUGCUUCUGGCUCUGCUAUUCCUCAACAAGCUGAAGCCACUGGUGGUGCUGCUCCUCCUGCUGGUCAACAAAGUGCUGCUGCUCCAUCUGAUCCAAUUUCCCAAGUCAUUGGUCUUGUCUCAAACAUUUUAGAAGGUGGGUUCAGUACUAGUGGUGCUUUGUUACACAAUCUCAUUGGUAAAAGAGAUGAUUCUUCUGCUGCUGCUCCAUCUGAUCCAAUUUCCCAAGUCAUUGGUCUUGUUUCUAACGUUUUAGAAGGUGGUUUCAGUACCAGCGGUGCUUUGUUACACAAUCUCAUCGGUUAA